ACACUAGUUGGUCAAACACAACUGUUCCCUGGCAGCCGAAGUGUACUGUGGAUUAUAUGCCACAUAACCGCCACGUUGAUAUUACGUUUAAAUACAUUUAAGCCCCCUAAUCUAUAACCCAGCUCUUGGGGACAGGUCUUGUGGCCAUGACGAAAGACCCGUUGGCUGAAGCGGGUCUUCAUUUUGAUGAGCUCAACAAGCUACGGGUGCUGGAACCAGAGGUGGACCAGAAGACCAGGGAGCUCAAGGAGGAGUGUGAAGACUUUGUUGACAAAAUGGGACAGUUUCAGAAGAUAGUGGGUGGUCUCAUCGAGCUGGUGGAUGAAUUGGCAAAAGAGGCAGAGACAGAAAAGAUGAAGGCUAUUGGAGCCAGGAACCUGUUGAAGUCUGUGGCCAAGCAGAGGGAGGCCCAGCAACAGCAGCUCCAGGCCCUGAUAGCAGAGAAGAUGAUGCAGCUGGAGAGGUAUCGUAUCGAGUAUGAAGCUCUCUCCAAAGUGGAGGCUGAGCAGAAGGAGUUCAUUGACCAGUUCAUUCUGCAGAAAUAAGGAGCGUGAUGAAAGCCCGCAGUAUUAGUGUGCGUUUGUGACCAUGUUUCCAGGGUGCCUGUAUUGUUUUCAAUGGGUGAUAUCCACUACACUAUGGGUUCACGCGAAUCGCUCAUCUGAACACAAUAACUUUUCUGACACCCCACACAAGCAAUACAAAACUGCUCCAACUAAAAACAGACAUGUUUUGCUUAGCGAGAUGGACUACAUGCAAAGUUAGAAGUAACUUGUCACCCAUCUAUUAGAGCAAAACAUGUUUUUUUCACUAGCAGGUGUCUGAAGUGACAACCCUCUUUCCUAGUUAAUUUUUUUUUUUUGCAUUAUAAGUGUUGAACGCUUGAAUGUAAUCAGAACCUGAGGCUCUAUAGUCAUAACCUUUCACACCACUACAGUACGUCAGACAAGCAAAUGGGGAAGAAAGCUAUUUAUAUACAAAGGAGUGGAUUUAUACUAUUUAUAUCAAAGGAAUUACUAUGUAUAGAUUGUUUUCCACUUGUAGAAAAGGUAAAAGGCUAAGUACGGUAUUUGCAUGUUACUGUAAAUAAUUUCAUGAUUUUUGAGGGGGGGAAAUCAUGUAUUUUUUGCUGUGUGUUGACUGUACACCCCCCCCCCCCCCCCCCCCCCCCGUUGUCAUCUUAACGCUGUUUGUUUACAUCUAAGGUACGAAUACGUUGUGUUGGUGUUUUAUCUGAUCAUUUCACCAUUGUCUGGGACCACACCAGAACAUCUUCCCUCGGGUGCCUUAUUGGAAUUUCAGGCCAGUUUUAUAACCAAACACUAAGUACAUUCGAAAAGUUAUAUUAAUCGUUUUAUGUUUACAGUAUAUAUAUCCAGACAUUUUCAAAAAUUCUCAUACUCUGUAUUCAUCUUAUCUAUGUUAAAGGUUAAUAGACCUACUUCAUCAAUAGAUGAGGUAUACUUGAAUAAAAAUUAUAUUUUGAUUCUC